GGCUGGCUCCUAAACGGAAAGCAGAAGCCUGAGUGCAGCCACGAAAAUCUGGGUUUCUCAUUUCUUUCUCACCUCCUCGCUGCAGCGACAAACAAGCAGAUAUGGCGGCCCACCCUAUGCAAGCACCCGUUGUGUCCGUUCAGCCGACUGCGUACAGACCCGCUGCCGGAUCUGAGAUGUGGAGCAGCAGCCUCUUCAGCUGCUGUGACGACAUGGGCAUCUGUUGCUUUGGUAUGUGGUGCCCGCAUUGUUUGGCCUGUCAGGUCAGUUCAGACGCUGGCGAGUGUCUGUGUUUGCCUAUGCUGGACGGUUUGACCGGAGGCAUGAUUCCUGCUGCGACUAUGGCCCUGAGGAGCACUCUGAGGGAGAGAUACCACAUACGGGGCUCUGUGUUUGGCGACUGCUGCAUCGCCACGUACUGCAACAUUUGUGCCUGGUGUCAGAUGGCCCGGGAGCUGAAGUAUCAAAGAAACCUGCUCCGCGUCAACACCACUACCAACGUGCAAGUCCUCUUGAGUCCACCAGCACAGUCACCCCCUUACGCCCCAUAAUCUGUGCAGCCUGUGCUCUUUAUGCCAUCGUGUCUCCAACAUUUGCAGUCUCUGUGUGCUUUAAAUUGAUUAUGUUAAGUACGUAAUGAAGAAAAAAUACGCUGUGUUGCCUAGCUCCUGUGGACAUUCUCUCUCUCCACUGUCUUUCCUGUAUAUCUCUACUGCGGCUUAAACA